UGAAAAUCGGGUUCUUUGCAGCAGGCCAUGUCCUUCCCACAAGUCCUGAGUGUUUGUCAGAUGUUUAUAGAGCCUUCAUUAACGGAGAGCUCCCUCUGAUAAGAGGUCGGAGCUCAGCAUCAAGGGCCAGAUAAGCACAAGUGGAGGCCACUGUGGGGAGGCAGAUGAGAGCCUGUGAACUAGGCAAGGAGGUUUUUUUUUUUUUUUUUUUUUUUUUCCCAGAGACUUAGGCAAGACAAUGUGGGCCUGCUCCUUCCCGGCUCCUCCCUGCACCAGCUAACACACCUCAGCCGCCCACAGUCUGCUGUCCUGGGCAAGCGUGCCAUCCCAAGAUGUGCAGUGGGGUGCUGUGGGUAGCCCUGCCCUUGCUCUCACUACUGGCCUGCUCAGGGCAAGGGAAGCCACUGGAAAGCCGGGUGAGGCUCUCCUCAGGGGAAGAUGCCCGCCAUUGGCUUGGGGAACUCAGAAGUGAGCCAGGAGCGGGGGCUUUCGACCUGAGGAUGUUCCUGGAGAACAUGAAGGUGGAUUUUCUGCGCAGCCUGAACCUGAGUGGAGUCCCUUCACAGGACAAAACCCAAGCAGAGCCGCCGCAGUACAUGAUCGACUUGUACAACAGAUACACCACCGACAAGUCUUCCACCCCCAUGUCCAACAUCGUGCGCAGCUUCAGCGUAGAAGAUGCCAUCUCUUUGUCUACCACAGAAGAUUUCCCCUUGCAGAAACACAUCCUGCUGUUCAACAUCUCCAUUCCCAGGCAUGAACAGAUCACCAGGGCAGAACUCCGGCUCUAUGUCUCCUGUCAAAGCCAUGCGGAUUUCUCUCAUCAGCUGAAAGGAAAAGUGGCCAUUUAUGAUGUCUUGGAUGGAGCAGAUGCCUGGAGUGCUUCUGAGGGAACCAAGACUUUCCUGGUAUCCCAAGACAUUCAGGAUGAGGGCUGGGAGACCUUUGAAGUCUCCAGUGCUGUGAAGCGGUGGAUCAGGGCAGACUCCACCAAGAGUAAAAAUAAACUGAAGGUGGCUGUGGGGAAUCACAGGAAGGGCUGUGAUAAGCUGGAUAUAAGUGUUCCCCCAGGAUCCAAAAACUUGCCCUUCUUUGUUGUCUUUUCCAAUGACCGCAGCAAUGGGACCAAGGAGACCAGGCUGGAGCUCAGGGAAAUGAUUGGCCAUGAGCAGGAGACUGUACUCAAGAGGUUGUCUGAGAAUGGCCCAGCAGUGGCAGGAGGAGAAAAUAAGAAUGAUGAGGACAUGGAAGGCUACAUGGCUGAAGGCUCGGCCUUGGUCAGAAGGAAAAGGAGUGCUGGGGCCAGCAACCACUGUCAGAAGACCUCUCUUCGGGUGAACUUUGAGGACAUUGGCUGGGACAGCUGGAUCAUUGCACCCAAGGAAUAUGAUGCCUUUGAGUGUAAAGGUGGCUGCUUCUUUCCCCUGGCAGAUGAUGUGACUCCUACGAAACAUGCCAUUGUGCAGACCUUGGUACACCUCAAAUUCCCCACGAAGGUGGGCAAGGCCUGCUGUGUGCCCACCAAACUGAGCCCUAUCUCCAUCCUCUAUAAAGAUGACAAUGGAGUCCCCACCCUCAAGUACCACUAUGAAGGGAUGAGCGUGGCAGAGUGUGGGUGCAGGUAGUGCCGGUCCAUGGGUGGGGGAGGUCAAGUGGGGGCAUCUUAAUGAGAAGCCUUGUGUCCCCCCUGGCACAACAGGGAUGACAUCCGUCAGUAUGCCAGCCUGGAAUAAGAGAAGGAAUAAGAGCUUCUUUGUCUUCAAGGUAAAGGCCUGCAUGCCCUCCCACCACCCACCCCAAGCAUACACCAUGAUGUUUAACUGAAAGGACAGUCAAGGGAGGUGGGGGUUUGAGGAGAAGAGGAAUAUCUGGAAGCAUUGCUAGAAUGGAAGGGGAGAAGGAAAUGGGACAAGAAAAAAAUAAUCUAAUGUCAGAAGAAAAUUUAGGAGAAUGAGCCAUAGAAGGGAAGACUUGUAGAAAUUCAGAGAGACAUUAAGGGGUUUAAUCCAAUAACCCCAAUGCAUGCAGGGAAAGAUGACAGGCUAAGUGCUCUACACCCAUCAUUGUAUGUACUCCCACACCCUAGUGAGAUGGGUAUUAUGGCCCACAAUUUAUACAUGCAGAGCCCAGGAUUUAGGCAGGUCAAGUAAUACUGGUCAUUGACAUGAUUCCAACCUACAAUCUCUAUGAGUUUGAUGACACCAAAGCUUAGGCUCUUCCCAAGUUCCAAUAAGUUUAGCAGGUGUCAUUGAGAGGCAGAAAUUACAGAGCAAGCUGAACCAAAAAAUGGCUAGUACCCAUGAGCAUGACUGGGCUGCUUGUACUAUCACAGAAUCCAAAACUUCUCAGGGCCUGUGCUGAUUCAGUAGCUAAAUGCUUUUUAAAAUGACUCCCCCCUUCCCAAAAUACAGAAAAGCUACCCAUCCAAACUCUCUGCAGGGUAGAGAGAGUACUGCACAGUAGUCCCCCCCCCCAUUUUAUUCAAUAAGACAGAGUGGAGAUAAGAAAAAUAGACACUUGCAGACUUGCUUCACUGCUCAUGAAGUGUCUCUGCUGUAGGUGGAGAGAAGGGACUCAAACCUGGGUCCUUGUGCAUGGCACUAUGUGUGCAUAGCCGAGUGUGCCACUGUCUGGCCCCAGACAAUAGUCCUUGAAUCCAGAGUGCAUUGUGACCAGAGCUACUUCAAGACACAGUGCUUAUGCAGACAACCACUCCCACAAAGCUACUUGUUACCAUUGGAUUCAAACACUAUGGUAGUUUGGCAUGGAAGCACUUUCUUUUUUCUUUUUUCUUUUUUCUUUUUUCUUUUUUUUUUUUUUUGCCCUGAGACAUAGAACAAGCUGCUGCCUGAGUUUAUCAGUCACUCUCAGCAUAACCACUUCACCAGCAUAAUAUCCCUAGACCUCCCUCCCACAGGGACACCAGGGAAAACUGGAUUUGGAUUUCAAUUUGUUAGAAUAAGUGCACACACUGGGUAUUUGCAGUGUCCCUAUUUUUAGCCCUGGUGACAAGUACUCUCAAGUGGUGAUAUCCAGCUUUCCUGGGUUAGGACUCCCCAGCCUCUGAAAACUCAGGUCCUCUCAGAGACAGCUGGGUCUACCUGCAUUUUCUUGAGUGAUGUGCAUCCCAAUCUUUGUUGUGAGUUUGAGCUUAGACUAUGGGAUCAGCCCCUAAAAGGAACUUUCCUGUGUUUCAUCCUUUCCUCUGAUUCUUGACACUACACAUGGGAAAAGGAUAGAUUGAGGAAGUGAUGAAUACCACUGUAUGGCCCAUCUGAUGGUUAGCCAGAAUUGAGGCUAUAGGGGGCCCAAAGAGACCUGGGUCAUACCCACUGGCUUAAGCACCCAGUAUAUUCAAAAACAAUGUGAUUUGUGUUAAAUGUUUACAUGUAAUCAAUGAACAGCUUUAACACAAAAGAAUACAACAGAGCAUCAUUGUUUAAUUACUGGAGUUGUAUAAAAAUACUAAUUCCUGGUACGACGAUGUUCCUAAAGAUGGAUUGUGGACAUCUUUCAGUCCUGGUGGUGUGUCUCUGUGCCUGCAUCAAAAUUUUAUUUGGAAAUAAAAUUAACUGUUUAA